UGGAAACAAAAUUGCUACAAUGUAUUGACAAACAGCUUUGACGUUGCGGUGUCUUGCUAAAUUUUAGUUACAUGUCCUUUCGUGAUUUCCAUGUAGCUGAAAUUUGGCGGCAUGACGUGCAGCCAGUCGACCCUUGAAAGUGUUUGGACCCGCAGAUAUUGACGUUUGUUUGUCGACAGAUGGAGGCUGGCAGCCUUGUCUCAUGCAGGGAGGACAUUUCUGCAGUGUUCCCAGACCAAACGCCGGAUGCCAAAUAUAAUGAAUUAAGCAGCCAGUAUUCCUCCGUGAGAAAAGUGCGCGGGGAUGGAAACUGCUUCUACAGAGCUCUCUGCUUCGCACACUUGGAGUCAGUCCUACACAAUGCCAGGGCUCUGCAGAGUUUCAGGUUUAAGGACCGAAUGAUUCAGAGCAGCAAAGACUUAUCUUCUACGGGAUUUGAUGAGAGCUCCUUCAAGCACCACCUGAGCACAGUCAUAAAUGUUGUGGAGCAGUGCCAGGCUGAUGAGCAAGAGGAAACGCUGUUCAGACUUCUUAAUGAGCAGCUGACCUCUGACAGUGUGGUCCAAUAUCUCCGGCUGCUCACCUCAGCACACCUGCAAAACCAUGCAGACUUCUUCUGCAACUUUGUAGAGGCACCAAAUCUGAAGACCUACUGUCAUCAGGAAGUGGAGGCAAUGGCGAUGGAGUGCGAUCAUGUGGACAUCCUGGCUCUGACACAGGCCCUAGACAUCUGCAUCCACAUCGUCUCCAUGGAGGGCGACGAACAGGAGCUGGCUCACCACAUCAUUCCAGAGGGAGCUGAACCCUCACUGCACCUCCUCUACCAAACAUCACAUUAUAACAUUCUCUACCAACGACCUCAACUCUGACCACUGAU